CUCACAACUCUCAUCCAUCAUUUCAAUCAUCAUGGCAGGAAUUAAUUGUUUGUCACAUAUUUUCCGCCGCAACAAACAGCCAAAGCAAAAAUUCCCCAAUGAAGAGAAAGUCAAUCUUGUGCCACUGGACAGCACUGUUAAAAAGCCCCCCACAAAGACGGAAUCGACUCAAGCCCCCCAGACCGAACCACAGACUCGACAUGUCCAUAUCUAGGCCUCGAAAUGGGACCGCAAGGACCGCAAACCAAACCGGACCAGACCGUUGUGGUCCGGUCUUUGGUGCGACACCUAAGGACCGCAGUGCGGUCCUUGGAUUUUUAGGACCGCACCACAGUGGUCCAGUUAAGACCGGCGGUCCUACAAACAGGACAAACAUAGAAAUUCUGUGAUAUGCAUAUUUUAUGCAAAUCUAUCUGUAUUUUCAAGUAUUUUGCUUACGGAUUAGUUGAAAUAUUAGAUGAAUACUCAUGUAGAUAUCAUAUAAGCAAAUUUUAGAUUAAAAUGGGGGUUUUUUUUUUAUUCGUUGGUCUGUUAGAUUGAUAACUAUUCAUACACAAAAUCUUCACGUCUCAAGCGCUUUGGAAGCCGCCCUGAUGAGCGCCUCUGAGUACUACUAUCACCUUGCAGGUAGCUAUUAUCAGGUAGAGGAAUCUCAUCAGCUUCAUCUAAUCCAAGUAAAGGACCCGACUC